AUGUCAUCAUGGCACACAUCGGUGGGCCUCAUCUACACCCUCAGCCUGAAUGUGGCAUCGGUGCGGGCCACAGGCGACCUGCCUCUGGCCCAAAGUUCCAAACCAGAAGCAAUCCUCACCACCUCCAAGGAGGUAACCUUCGACCCCCUGGGCGUGGCCGCGGUGCUACACAACCCUCGCGCCAGUCUGAGUGCUGCCCGGCUCUACACACAAUAUGAUCGGAAAUUCUUCAUAUGGCCGCACACGAUGAUGAUGGGCGCAACCCUCAUCCCCGUCAACGUGCUUGUGGAGCAUCUAACUGCCACGUUCCAAUCGAUACAUCCUGCGAUCACGCUAUGUACGCAAGACACGCAGCUGUUGAGCGUGGUGUCGAAUAUGGUGUUCAAAGAGCUGCCGUUGGAUUUUAGUAAUAUGUGGCUUGGGGAUGUGAUUGCGUUCAAGGCGUCGACUAAACCAGCGAAUGAUUUUAUGAUUGUUUGUAUGGAUGACGAUGACGGUACCAUUUCCUCGACUACGAAAGGAGGGGAACUGAAAGGGCCGUCGAAAAUGACGAGGUGGCUAGGCUGUUCGGCGCUGAAUAUGAUUUCGUUGAUCAACGGGCUCAUCAUUGUCGCGGGGAUAGUGCUCGGGACACUGAGUGCGGAUAUCUGGGCUCUUACGCUGUUCUUCUUUUAUGGUACGCACUGGCUCGCCGGUCUCGCCGUCUCAACGACAUCACUCGUCACACCACAGAAAAUCUCUAUCAAACCAGAUCCCACAACCAGGUACGCAAUCUACCAACGUCCCGCAGGCGGCACGGUAGUCUUCAAAGGCCGGCAGGACACUAUGGAAAGCUGGGCCCGAAGCACCUGGGAAUUCAACCGCACCUUCAAGACAAACUCCCUGCAUUGGUUCUGGACUCUGACGGGCACAAUGUCCGCGAUCUGCUCCGUGGCAUGCAUGGUGAAUAUGAUUGGGUACAUGCAACUCGCGUUUUUGGCGUUGCUGGUUUAUGCGUCGCUGGCCGAGAUUGGGGCCACGAGGAUUACGAGGUUGCUGCAAGGGGAGGCGAAAGCGAAUGAUAGGACGUGUUUCGUGGAUGAUAAUGCAUACAGGACGCAGGGCAUUAUUAGGGCGACGGUUGAGUUUGGGUCGAAGUAUAGGUUGAAGGGACUGGAUUGGGUUGACAUGAAGAGGAUGCCGCCGGAUCAAAUAUUCAAGGAUAUGCAGACAUUGUUGGCGCGUUUCAACGAAUUCCAGGAAGCGGUUGAGACGGGUACGGAGGUUGUGCCUGCUGAUGGACCGGAAAAGCAUGAGGCGAUAAAAGAGGCGCUUAGAGCGUUUCAAGAGCACAGACUAGAGGAUCCGGUUUUGGUGAAGCGGAUUCAGACAGAGGCGACCAAUGCGUUGAAGGAGUGGUGGAAGAAGUUGAGCAGGGAGGAUGUUAAUACGAGCACGGAGAAGAAGGUUGUUUCUCCUUGA